GUUGCUGGAAGCGGGGGGACCGGGGCCGUAGAGGGGGGAUGGAAGCUUCACCUGACGGACCGAGCGGAGUUUCAGUACUCUCAAAGAGAGCUGGACACUACGGAGGUCUUUCUUGCUCGAUCCAGCCGAGGGAACCGAGUCGGCUGCAUGUACAUUCGCUGCGCUCCUAGUUCCAGGUUUACGGUGCUUUUCUCCCACGGCAAUGCAGUUGACCUCGGCCAGAUGAGCAGUUUCUACAUUGGCCUCGGCACUCGCAUCAACUGCAACAUCUUCUCUUAUGAUUACUCGGGCUAUGGCGUCAGCACCGGCAAGCCCUCCGAGAAGAAUCUGUAUGCAGACAUAGAUGCUGCCUGGCAUGCCCUGCGUACACGGUAUGGCAUAAGCCCGGAGAACAUCAUCCUGUACGGGCAGAGCAUCGGUACAGUUCCCACUGUAGACCUGGCGUCACGGUACGAGUGUGCCGCCGUGGUUCUUCACUCGCCUCUAACAUCUGGUAUGAGAGUGGCGUUUCCUGACACAAAGAAAACCUACUGCUUUGACGCUUUCCCCAACAUUGAGAAAGUAUCCAAAAUCACUUCCCCAGUGCUCAUCAUCCACGGCACGGAGGACGAGGUGAUCGACUUUUCCCACGGCCUGGCCUUGUUCGAGCGCUGCCCGAAGGCUGUGGAGCCUCUCUGGGUUGAGGGAGCGGGACACAACGACAUUGAACUCUACAGCCAGUAUCUGGAGCGCCUGCGCCGCUUCAUAGGACAGGAGCUGGCGGUACAGCACGGCUGACCAUCAACACUACGCUCGUCAUAAUGACCAUAUUUCCCGGUCCGUUCAAAGCACCUCACCUGUUUUUGUCUGAGAUGGAAACCAUCUGACCCGUCUUAACCGUCCUGUGUGACGUGUGCACAUACUUCAGGACGCAGUUCACCUUUAAUGGACCGUGGAUCAUUUAGACGCAGGGGAAAAGAGGCGUCCCUUCAUAAUCACAGUGGAGACUGUUGGGGUUUGUGUUUGUUUGUGUGUCUUUUAGCAGAAACUUUAAUAGUGCAGAUGCCUGUACUGUGCAAUAACAUGAAAAAGAGGGAAAGGUUUUCACUGAUAGAUGUAAAAGUAGAACAACAAAGUGAUCACAUGACCUGGAAAGCUCCUGUCACCACCUCAGCGUACACUUCGAGUGGAACUUCAUUUUUGCUAGCAGCUUUUUAUUAGAGGACUUUUGUUGAAGCAGGUAUUAUGUUACAUUGAAUUAUUGCACCUGUACAGUUAAAUGGAAGCCAAUUUAAACACAAUAUAUCAUGUUUUAAAGGUAUUCGUUUACCUGCAUUUUGUUGGCACAGACUGCAUCAUCUUUAAAAUCGUUUCUAACUUUCAUCACGAAGGUUUGAAACCGCUCACAGCUUUUAAUCUUGGGAAAAAUUAUGCUGACAUAAACAUGAGUUUAUAUUUUGCGUCUUGUUUUUACGUAUUGAACAUUUCGCUCAGGUAACUUUUUCGAGUGUUCGCGAUUGUUUAGCGCGCGGACAGCUGAAGCGCCUCAGAAGAUUUCAUCCAGCCUAAAAUAUUUCCUUCCAACGAAGCGUUCAGCCGAACUUCGAUCCUACAUCUGAGCUGCAGUCCACACCUCCAGUUUGCUGAGCCGUCGAUGCCCCCUCGCGCUUCUCUCUAACACAUCUGUGUCCCACUGCUGCUGUGGGAUUGGCUGUAUGAAAGAAAGACGUUGAAGAGGCUCAGAUGGAAAAUUCCGCCAGUUCUUUCAUUUAAUGGAAUGCGUUCGAGUCCAUUAGCCCCGUCCGUUUCUUUUAGCCUUGUUUAUGUCUCGCACUGCUGGGUCACAGCUGUCGGCCUGUUCUUGCUCCUCACGGUGCGCAGAGACAAGGAGAGCAACACUAAAGUUCAACACAUUACUCACCUGCACCCCGUCAUCAGGGAUUUGUUUUUGUUGUUUUUUUUCAGUGAAGGCAGGGAGAGUAACCACAUUCAGGUCCAUAUUCUGAUAGUUCCCCAGUUUCGCAGGAACAUCUGUGUGAUCAGAGCACAUGUUCUUCUUAGAACAUAUCAGCAGAUUUGUCAGAGUUAAGCAGGAACGCUAACACCAGGCACUAAACAGAUUAGUGUUUCAUCUAAAUAAUUUAGACUUUAUAACAGCUGCUUGUAUUAUUAUCCUGUCUAUGUGCACAAACCUGCAGAAUGAUUAAAGGGGACCUGUUAUGCUUAUAUCCAUUAUUAAACAGCACCAAGUUUCAGACGAUCUGGCGAGUCGAGGUCAGACUGUCUCUGGUUCUGUGUGAUCGCACUGAGAGCCAUUGUUUAUUAUGCUUUUCUCAGAAAACAGAUCAGGUCUUGAGCUCCUGCUGUUCACGAGACCCAUUGUAGGACAAAUAAGGAUUAUUUUAGGCUGGGAAUCAUGCAAAGCUACUCUAGUAGAGCCCAAGUAUAGAAAUAUGGAGCUGGAAAGGAGCAUAAUAGGUCCUCUUUAAGUAUAAUUUUUGUUUUGUGAGGUGCGUUUUCUGUCUUCUAAGAAUAUUUUUAGGAAACAUUGGCACAUUAUUUGAUUGAUCUCAAUUCUUCAGCUUGUUAUUGGAGAAAUCUGACUAACCCGUAACAGGAGACGGACCUGCCUCGUACCUGAACUGGUACAAAUAGAUGUUGGAGCCUGUUGGAAUUGCUGUAGGUGGCUCUGAGGGUAAAUGCAUAUCUGUUGUGGGGGUUUUCCAUGUGUUUUUUUUUUGUUUUUUUUGUUUUUUUCCUUUUUCUUUGUGGUGAUCCAGCAAUCCACCAAAGUUUUAAAACUGUAACCAAAAUUGUAAUAUUUAUAACAAAUUGUAAAGGAAUCGGGUGUUUUUGCUUACGUGCGUUGUUGUAUUUGAAGCUUAGGCACGAUUGGAUUAGACGAACACUCAGAUUCUCAACAUUUUUGAGGAGAAUUUUUAGGCUCGGUGGACAAACCAAAGCUUUUGUUGUUAGUGCUUUACCCAGUUUACCUGCUGCUUAUGUUUUAUAUCUUAUGUAAAGAACGUCAAACUGAGCGUAUCUUCUUAUUCUCUUCACAUUUGGAUACAGAUUCAUUGUAAAAUUCUCUGUUUGCUAAAUAAUCGUGUUUUAUCAAAUCACGUUUGCUUUGAAAUAUGCAAGAACCGAAUAUGAACUUGAUAAAUUAACCAAGUUGGGAUUUUUUGUUUUUCUCUAAGCUGUUUAUGAUUUCUCGUUUGUGCAGGGAGGACACCACGUGUAUUUGAAUAUGUUUGUGUGAUGAAAGAAGAUGAAAGGCCGGCUUCAUGCCGACACAUGAAAAGCUUUUUUCAGACGUGUGGGUUUCUGCUGAGGAUUGUUUCAUUUCUGGGUUUUAUUUUCAUCAUCAAACAUUCUUAUCAAUUGUUUAUUAUACUGACAGUUUUUUAGUUUUUAAAGAUUUUCUUUCUUUCUUUUUCAUGAAUUAAAGAGAAUAAGUUAAUAAAUCAUAACCAGAAGUUGAUAUUAAA